GAGCCAACUGACCACCCUGUUCUUUUACCUGCUGCCGGGACCAUGGGGGCUGGGGCCAGCGCAGAGGAGAAGCACUCAAGGGAGCUGGAAAAGAAGCUGAAAGAAGAUGCUGAGAAGGAUGCUCGAACCGUGAAACUGCUGCUUCUGGGUGCAGGUGAGUCCGGGAAGAGCACUAUUGUCAAGCAGAUGAAGAUCAUCCACCAGGAUGGGUACUCUCUGGAAGAGUGCCUCGAGUUCAUUGCCAUCAUCUACGGCAACACGCUGCAGUCCAUCCUGGCCAUCGUGCGUGCCAUGACCACGCUCAACAUCCAGUACGGAGACUCUGCGCGCCAGGACGAUGCCCGGAAGCUGAUGCACAUGGCAGACACCAUCGAGGAGGGCACGAUGCCCAAGGAGAUGUCAGACAUCAUCCAGCGGCUGUGGAAGGACUCGGGUAUCCAGGCCUGUUUCGAACGCGCCUCGGAGUACCAGCUCAACGACUCCGCCGGCUACUACCUCUCGGACCUGGAGCGCCUGGUAACCCCGGGCUAUGUGCCCACUGAGCAGGACGUGCUGCGCUCGCGUGUCAAGACCACGGGCAUCAUUGAGACGCAGUUCUCCUUCAAAGACCUCAACUUCCGGAUGUUCGAUGUGGGCGGGCAGCGCUCGGAGCGCAAGAAGUGGAUCCACUGCUUCGAGGGUGUGACCUGCAUCAUCUUCAUCGCGGCGCUGAGCGCCUACGACAUGGUGCUAGUGGAGGAUGACGAAGUGAACCGCAUGCACGAGAGCCUGCACCUGUUCAACAGCAUCUGCAACCACCGCUACUUCGCCACCACGUCCAUCGUGCUCUUCCUCAACAAGAAGGACGUUUUCUCCGAGAAGAUAAAAAAGGCGCACCUCAGCAUCUGCUUCCCGGACUACAACGGGCCCAACACCUAUGAGGACGCGGGCAACUACAUCAAGGUGCAGUUCCUUGAGCUCAACAUGCGACGCGACGUGAAGGAGAUCUAUUCCCACAUGACGUGCGCCACCGACACGCAGAACGUCAAGUUUGUCUUCGACGCUGUCACCGACAUCAUCAUCAAAGAGAACCUCAAAGAUUGCGGCCUCUUCUGA